AUGGGUACCUUUAAGUUGGCAGUGGUUGUCGUGUUGUGCAUGGCCAUCGUGGGUUCCUACACUGCUAAUGCCAUAGAUUGCGGUCAAGUUGGGGGAAGGCUCAUACCAUGCAUAGGGUAUCUUCGAGGAGGUGGUCCCGUGCCUGGCGCAUGCUGUGGCGGAGUGAAGGGACUACUGGCCAUGGCUAGAACCACUGCUGAUCGCCGUAGCAUUUGCAACUGUUUGAAGAUGGCUGCUUCUGGGUUUAGAGGGCUCGUUCCUGCAAACGCUGAGUCUCUCCCCGGCAAGUGUGGGAUUCGAAUUCCCUACAAGAUCAGCACCUCCAUCAACUGUAAUAGCAUCAAUUAA